CCCAGAAUGCACUGCUCCGACACCCCCCUUUGGUUCUUUGCACGAGCGCGAACAGCCUGCUUGGGAACUAGUUGCAAGUGCCGGCGCUGGAGCUGCAAGCGGAGGGGACCAUGAGGCUCUCCGUCCUCCUUGCCAUGGCAGAGAAGUUCAAGCCACCGAGAGGCUACCGGUACGGUAUGAACCGGCCUGGGUCGAUGGCCGACAAGAUUAAGAAUCCUCCUGGGAUCCAGCGCAAGAAGAUAUUUGUGGAGCCCAUCCGAGAUGAGGACUGGAAGGUCUUCCAGGGCGACACGGUCCAGAUCCUGACGGGGAAGGAUGUUGGCAAGCAAGGGCUGGUCAGCCAGGUGAUCCGAGAGCGGAACUGGGUUGUCCUGCAGGGCCUGAACGUGCAUUACCGCUACAUUGGCAAAUCCCGCAACUACCCCGGUACGUACAUUGCCAGUGAAGGCCCGCUGCUGGUGAAGGACGUGGCACUGAUUGACCCCACCGACAGGAAACCCACCGAGGUGGAAUGGCGCUACACUGAAGAAGGGGAGAGGGUGCGCGUCUCUCUCAGGACCGGCAGAAUCAUCCCCAAGCCCGUGGAGGAGAGAGAGGAUGGCAUAAUACCAGAGCAGUGGACCGAUGGUCCCAAAGACACAUCAGUAGAGGAUGCCUUAGAGAAGACCUACGUCCCCUCCUUGAAGACCUUCCAAGAGGAAAUCAUGGAGCUGAAGGGAAUCAUAGAGACGCGCCACUUCAGGAAGUCCUACUGGUAUUAAUGCCCCUCUUGCCUUCUGGAGUGGCAGACGGCUGCCUGGACUGUGAAAGACUCUCUGCCCAUCUGGGACUCAGUCUGAAGGAAGGAUGUCGACUCAAGGCUGAAAUGGGGCUGGGCAGGAAGUGCCGUAUAAAGGAUCUCCUC